AUGGAGAACUGUGGCACCAUUCUAAUACAAAACAGUGUUGUACCUGUUACAAACUCAUGGAUUUCACCAACAUUAUUAGAUCAGAAAUCAAUACGAAUUGAUAGGAAGCUUUUAACAUUGGGAUCAUUGGAUUCAAAUCCCAUGUGGCAACCAUCGAACAGUACAAUGCAAAUGAGAAAAAUCUGCAGCAAUUUAUGUUACAACUCCUAA